AUGCCAUUUUGGAGAUUUUUAAAAAACUUUAUUAACACAUCUAACAGCAGUUUUCACACAUUUAAACUUAAAAGGAAUUUAAGCUCAUCAAUUUCCCCUGCAAUUCCUAACUCAAUAUAUGAUCCUUUAACACAUGAUGUUGUAAAGAAUCACACAGAAUGGCUAGUAUUUGUAAAUUACCUUAAAUAUUUGAGUAAACACCCUAAAGAAUGUAAAUUAGAUAAGUGUAUAAGUAUACUAAUUAAUGCAAGUGACUUUCUUUUAAAAUACAACAACAAGUUUUACCAGUCAAAUGUUCCUACCAUAAAGUUGGAAUGGAAUGCCGGAGUAUUAAGGCAAGUUAAUGUGCCUGGACCAAAAGAUCACUUUAUAGAACACUUAAGCUCAUCGAAGAUCUUAAGUUUGAUUAAAAUAUUCUCUAAACUACGCCUGUACCAUAGAAUAAAUGUCCAUGAUUUUGGAAACCAAACCCCUAAAGAGGGUGAACCUGAAGAAAAUUUUUCUUCAAAUUUCCUUUUCUCAGAUAUUCUUGACGAUUUAAACCCUAAUUCAUUCGAAAAUGUUAGUCCAAAAUUUAAAAAUGGCCAAUCAGGACCACUGAGAUUUAAUUUUAACAAUUUGGUUGUUUAUCCUCGUGUUUUAUCAAAUCCUUUCAUCUUUGAGUUGACAGAUUCUUCAAUUUUAAACCUCUUUAAAAAUUCAGGUUACCUUAGUUUAAACAGUUCUGAAUCUCCCAAGUCUAUGUUUUUCCACUUCAUUGACUCUGUAAUGGUUCAGUUUCUGGACCAAUUGUUAAUAUUGAUUUCCAAAACUAACUUCACAGAAUCCAAGCUCUGCAUCCUGUCAAUGUACUUGGCAGUUAUGGUAUAUGGAUCUAAAUUAAGAAACAAAAAUAAAUGUAAGGUGGAUAAUAGAGUUGAAGAGUCAAUUCGAAAACUGUUUGACUAUUUUUUCCAGAGGGUUCAGUCGAAUAAAGAAGUAUCUUUAAGAUCUUUAGCCUACCUGGUCAAUUCUUGUCAUCCUAAGCCUCAGUUACUUGACUAUGUUUCCAGAAGGAUUAUUGACCACAAAGGGUCCAUAGGUGAAGAUUAUUUGGAGAACUUUUCAUUUGUGUUUACACGUUCCUACUACAGAAAUGACAUAUUAUACGAAGUUCUAGCCUCAAUUAUAAACAUGGAGGAAACCAUCCUAAGCCCUGUAGUCACAAUAAACUUGAUACUUAGUUUUUCGAGGAUUUCUAAAAUUGACUUGGUUAAGGAAUCUCUAUUUAAAAGGCUAAACUCAUUUACUGGUCAGUUAAUUUAUGUACAAAACUAUUUAGACUAUCAGUUAAGGGGAAUAUCUCGACUAGUUGGACCGCUCAAGGAACUAUCACAAGCUCAUCCUGAACUUUAUACUGUACUCAACAGGAUAAACAAUUCUUAA